GUUUUAGGUCGGACGAGUCCGACAACGCCCUCUUCCGUUGUUUACAAAUAACACUUUUUAAAAAUGUACCACACAGUCACUAAUGGCUUUUUUCACUACAGCAUGUAAAGGUGAAGCUUAACUAUUGGGUAGUUAACAUAUACUUUCUGAGAGAUCAAGCACGGCUGGUGCGUCACGUUGGCACAGGUUCCAAUGGCGGAGGAGAUGACAAAACUGACCCUGAGACGCCUGGAGGCCCCCAUCCACAAGUUCAUUAAAGUGGCUCUACCCACCGACCUGGAGAGGCUGCAGAAACACCACAACAACGUGCUGAAGUAUCAACAUAGCCAGCAAUGGGACCGCCUUCAUCAAGAGCACAUAAACGCCAGCCGAACGGUUCAGCAGCUGCGAGCAAACAUUCGAGAAAUGGAGAAGCUGUGCAGCCGCGUGCGCGCUGAAGACGCCGCGGCUCUGGAGAGGCUCGUCAGGCCGGUCAAGGACAGAGCGUCGUCCGCUACACGAGACUUCCUGCUGUUGCACUCCAACCCUGCACCUCAUCCUACGCUGUCUUUGCCGUCGCCUGAUGUUCAGCCAUCAUCCGGCAGUUUAUGUGCUGAUGUAGAGGCAGAGGAGUCGGUUUGUGGAUGGCAUGUUCAGUCUCAACUACCAGAGAUCCCUGCGCAAGAGAAUGCUGCUGAGUCCUGGGACAACCUGGAAGAGGAUUUGAAGGAACUGAGUGGUCUGGUGACAACCUUCUCUGUGCUGGUCCAUUCCCAGCAGGAGAAGAUUGACAGCAUCGAGGACAACGUCAACACAGCCGCUGCCAACGUGGAGGAGGGGACCAAGAGCCUGGGGAAGGCGGUGGGCUACAAGAUGGCGGUGCUGCCCUUGGCCGGGGCUCUCCUGGGUGGAGUUCUCGGGGGUCCGCUGGGCCUGCUGGCUGGGUUCAAAGCGGCAGGCGUGGUGGCCGCGGUGGGAGGCGGUGCCCUGGGCUUCGCGGGAGGCAACCUGGUCCAAAAGCACCGCAAAGGCGUGCUGGCCCUGCAGAUGAAACAGCUGACAGCGCCGCCGCUGGAGGCGGGAUCAGGCGAGGACAAGUGAUGCGGCGUGGACAAUACCGCCCUCUUUAUGCCGCAGAGCUGAAAAAGUGUUAUGUAAACACACAACGCUCUGAAUGGUGCUUCUGUUGUUCGCGGCAUGUGUAACAAACACCACACCUUAUCAGCGAGUUGCAUCACACUGACGUAGUUGUGUGCUCUCAUGUUCAACACAAAACCAAGUUUAUACAACUUUUUAACGUCAACGGUCUGCCUCCUGACACCUCUUUGCAUAAAUAAUGGCAUCCAUCCAAUGCAAGAGCUGAUUCUUUUAACCAAUAAUGCUCCAAAUAAAGUCCAAGUGCCAUCACUUCAUCAUACAACACCGCAA